GUCAGCUAGCUAACUUCAGCCAAGCAGCUAGCCACAAUCAUGAACGAAAGACCCAGCGCCAGUGGGAGGAGGGUUGUCAGGUGACGUGAUUAAAUUUCAAGGCUCCGAAUCUGCCAUUGCUUGUUUAAAGAGGAAGAGAGUGGCGGGUGAGGAGCUGAAAAGUGGCCGUGGAAAUUCUAAUGGUUCUAUUGGGACAUCCUCAAGCGCUCAACAUAUCGAGGAUCGUGAGCUGACCCAAUGGGACGGCUCCAAAAGGGCGUGGCACGGCGGCCAAGGGACCAACCGUGAGAGAGAGAGAGAGAGAGAGAACGAGAGCGAGAGAGAGAGAAGGAUGGGCCUGAGAGUAUGGAGCUGCUGGCUGGGUAUAUCCACGGCCGUGCUGUACGGCUCCCUGUCCCUCUUCAUCUCCAUCCUGCACAAUGUCUUCCUCCUCUACUAUGUGGAGACCUUCGUGUCCGUCUACAAGAUCGACAAGGUCUCCUUCUGGGUUGGAGAGACCGUGUUCCUGAUAUGGAACAGCCUGAAUGACCCCCUGUUCGGCUGGCUGAGCGACCGCUCCUUCCUUGGGUCUCCACAGUCAGGUCCUCAGAUUUCGUCCCCGGAGGUGGUGGUACGGCGGCUGCGCUCGGUGUCCCGGCACGGGCCGCUCUUCGCCCUCUCCUUCCUGGCCUUCUGGGUGUCGUGGGCGCGGCCGGCGCUGCAGUUCCUGGUGUGCCUCUGCCUGUACGACGGCUUCCUGACGGCGGUGGACCUCAACCACAGCGCCCUGCUGGCGGACCUGGCGGUGUCGGCCUCCGACCGGGCGCAGCUCAACUUCUACUGCUCGCUGUUCAGCGCCGUGGGCUCGCUCUCCGUCUUCCUGUCCUACUCCUUCUGGGACAAGGACAACUUCUUCUCCUUCCGGCUCUUCUGCGUGGCGCUGGCGGGCCUCUCGGCGCUGGGCUUCGCCGCGGCCUCCCGGCUCCUGCGGCGGAAGUUCGAGGGCGAGGCGCGGCUGAAGCAGGACGAGGCCGCCGCGCUCCGGGAGCUAUGUAUUGGCCAGGCUCCUUUGGCACAAGAGAAGUCGGUCACCCUUGGGGAGUAUCUGAGCCAGCUCUCCAAGCACAAAAACUUCAUGUGGUUUGUGUCCAUGAACCUUGUUCAGGUGUUUCACUGCCAUUUCAACAGCAACUUUUUCCCGCUCUUCCUGGAGCACCUUCUAUCGGACAGGAUCUCUCCUUCCACCGGAUCCAUCCUGCUGGGAAUCUCAUACAUCGCCCCCCAUGUGAACAACCUGUACUUCCUGACGCUGUGCAAGCGCUACGGGGUGUACCAGGUCGUUCGCUGGCUCUUCCUCCUGAAGCUGGCCCUCAGCGGCGCCAUGAUGCUGGCAGGGGCCGACCAGAUCUACCUGCUCUGCGUCUUCAUCGCCAGUAAUCGUGUCUUCACGGAAGGCACCUGUAAGCUGCUGAACCUGGUGGUCACGGACCUGGUGGACGAGGACUUUGUGCUGAACCGGCGGCAGCAGGCUGCCUCCGCGCUGCUCUUCGGCAUGGUGGCCCUGGUGACCAAGCCUGGCCAGACCUUCGCCCCCCUCAUCGGCACCUGGCUGCUGUGCGUCUACACAGGAUACGACAUCUUCGAGCGGGGCGCGGCGAAGGAAGCGGCGUCCGCGGCGGAGGCCGUCGCCGGCCCGGCGCAGGCGGUCACCCUGCAGCAGGGCUGCUUCUACCUGCUGGUGUUCGUGCCCAUCACCUGCGCCCUGCUGCAGCUGCUGGCCUGGUCCCGCUUCACCCUGCACGGCAAGCGCCUGCAGAACGUCAAGGCUCUGCGCCAGGGCGCCCAGCACUGCCGUCCCGCCGACGUCAAGGCCGUCUGACCCCGGAGCGCGCCGAGAGCCGGGGCGUACCACUGCCACUGAAGGGGCGGGGGGGUCCGUGCAUCCCACUGCCAAGGGACACCUGCCUUAUUUUGAUACGAAGAACCAAUGAGUGUCUGUUGAGUGUCUAUUUAUGUACCAGACUGAUUACUGAAAUGGGGGGGGGAAUAGCACGAAUUGAAGGACUGUACCAAUGCUGCUGGGCACAGCAGGGGCGCGUGUAAGACCUGGCGAUGGGAGGAGCUCCCGUUUACGUCGCGCGCCUCAUAGCCGAGGCUGCUAGCACAGCGCCGUCGUCGCCCCGGACGGCAGGCCCUGCUUGGUCCCCAAAUUGCGUACGUUGCUUUAGUGUGUGUGUGUGUGUGUGUGUCCGUGUCUGUGUCUGUGUCGUUCAGCGAAGGAACAAUAUCUUUAAGAUUUGUGAAACAUUUCGAAACAUUCCAAAACUCCACAGGCGUGGAUCUGGUCUUCGAUGCGCCAAGUCGAGUCCCAGAGGCAGCGCUGUGGAGGCAUUCAAGGGGUUGAACCCACACUUCUGUGCCUGACUUUCCUGUUUAAGGGAGCCCAAGUGCACAGUCAGUAUUAACCCGCAGAACCGAUAACACAAGGUUCUGUUGUCGGGGGCGACGUCCCGAUGGCCACGCUCUCUGGGUGUCAGCCUGCACUACACACAGAUGGCCCAACUAAUAUUUUGAUAAAAAAAUAUGAGUCUAUUGUCUUGUACUAAAUUAUUUUCUUACUCUCUUCUCACUUUUGAAGGUCACAGCACGGUGACUAUUCUUGCAGAACUUGUUGACUUGUUUGUUUCAUGUAAGUGUAAACCCUGAGAAAAAGGUCUGUUUGUAUUGGUUCGAGUUAUAGAAGGUGCCUGUGGUUUUUAAGUACAGUUUUUAAAUGUGGCUCUGUUUAGAAACCAUUACGAAUGCGCACUGGGUCCAGUUUUGAUGCGAGUGCCCGUUUGCCUGUCCGCCUGACCUCCUGCCACAGUGUCUCCUACGUACAUUCCUCAAAGUUCUCAUCAAAAUGUUUAUUUCAAUGAGACUGCUUAAUUCAGACAUUUUGUAUGAGCCAUGUGUGUCAGUGAGUCUUAAAUCCAAAUGAUAAUAAGGAAAUUUACAAAUGUUUACAUUUUCUACGAUGGUUGAAGUCGUUUACGAUUGUGGUUAAUCCCCAUAUAAUUUAAACAUCUGAAGACACUUUAAACCCAUGCAUUGAAAGUGAAAUUGAAUCAUUGAAUGACAAAACAGGGUUUUGUCCCUCAAUCAUUUUUACAGGGCACAAUCAAGAUCCCCUCUCUUUUCCAAAAAAAUAAAUGGAAAUCCCUGCUCAAUGUAGCAUGUACCAUUUUCAUACCAUGUUGUUUUGUAAUAAAUUAAUAAAUAUUAUUUGCCUCUGA